GGUCAGUAAUCGGCAUUGGAUUGGCGAAUGCGUGUUUGUUUUUUAUAUUACUUCCGUGAUAUGAUAUACCGGUAUACGUGUACUCCGGCGUAUUAACUCACUGACCGGAUCCACAGGUUACAUACAAGCUAUUGUGCAUUUUCAGCUCAUCCUUAGCAUUUCCGGAAAGGGUGUUUAAAAUUCAGCUUAAAUUCACAAGUUACAGUAUCUUGAAACAUCAACGGAGCCACAUUUCUUUGUAUUUUCCUGAGAAUCUGGGUUUCUUUGAAGAAAAUGGGCGAUACGAAGAGUUGCGCCAUGCCGACCACUGUGGACACGGAUUUCAUGACACUGACUCGGUUUAUGAUCGAGGAACAAACCCGGUGUGACGGAGCUACGGGGGAAAUGACCCAGCUACUCAACUCAAUUGCUACCGCUGUCAAAGCGAUCUCGUCUAAUGUUAGAAAGGCUGGAAUUUCUCGGCUGUAUGGUAUUGCUGGUGGGUCCAACGUCACAGGAGAUGAGCAGAAGAAACUUGAUAUCAUCUCCAACGACCUCUUCAUCAGCCAACUUAGGAACUCGUUCACAACCUGUGCCAUGGUCUCGGAGGAGAAUGAAAAGGUCAUUGAGGUCGAGACGGACAGGAGAGGAAAGUACAUAGUGACCUUUGACCCUUUAGACGGGUCAUCCAAUAUUGACUGCUUGGUGUCCAUCGGGACGAUAUUUGGAAUUUGGAAAAAGGAAGGAGAUCCGAAAGGCGAGGUAUCCUCUGACGAUGUUCUCCAGCCUGGUUCCAGUAUGGUUGCAGCGGGUUAUGCUCUUUAUGGAAGUGCUACCAUGAUUGUACUCAGCACCGGAUGCGGUGUCAACGGAUUCCAGCUUGAUCCUGCUAUUGGUGAGUUUGUCCUGACUGACCGACUGAUGACCAUCAAGUCUCGCGGGAAGAUCUUCAGCAUCAACGAAGGAUAUGCUCAGUAUUGGGACAAGAGCAUUGCUAAAUAUGUGGAGUCCAAGAAAUUUCCAGGGGAAGGGAAAUCUCCAUAUGGUGCUCGGUACAUUGGUUCCAUGGUUGCUGACAUGCACAGGACAAUCGUCUAUGGAGGGAUCUUUCUCUACCCCGCCCACAAGAAGAGCAAGUCUGGAAAGCUGCGUCUUCUGUACGAGGGAGCUCCGAUGGCCUUCAUUUGUGAACAGGCUGGUGGCAAGGCUACAACAGGAAAGGAGAGAAUCUUGGACAUCAAACCGUCAGAAAUUCAUCAGAAGACUCCUGUUGUCAUGGGAUCUGCAUUCGAUGUCGACGACUACCUGGCCAUCGUAAAGGAGUGCGAAGAGGGAAGCUAGAUGGCAAGAGCAAGAGUGGUAGAAAUAUAGGUAUAGGUUACUGGGAGAUAGAGAGAGGGAAAGGGGGAGAUAGAGAGCAAUAAAAGUACAAUUAUAUCCCUGAAUAAACGUCACUUAACUUACUCUUUACUCUAACUUUAUUAUUUUAUUUGGGGUUCUCCAGCUGUUAUCUGAUAUUGAUUAAGUUUGGAUUAUUAUUUAUUACAAAUAAUUUUCUAUUUAAAAAAAUCUUGAAUGCUUUUAUUUUCAAAGGCACUUUGUCGGUUGUAAAAUGAUUUAUAAUUCCAUUUCACAAACCUUUCUUAUUGAAAAACCUUGAAUAUAUUUUUCCAGGACUUACAUUCUUUUUGCGGAACAUUGUGUAUGGUUAUAUCACAUUACAAUAGCAUUUCAGCAACACUUAUGGUAUUAAAAAACGAUUUAAAAACCAUUCUCACUACCUUCCUAAAACUAGUUUAACAUGUAGUGAGAAUGGCCGAAGCGAUCUUCCAAACCGGUUCAGAAAACCACCUCGCGAUGUAGUUUUCAAGAUUGCUUUGCCUCGUUAAAUUGGUUUUAGCGUAAGUGAGGACACAACCGUUCUUCGUGAAGCAAUCUUCGCACAUUUUGCGCGCGCUACUCCACACGACGGGUGUAAAAUGCCUACGCUGCGGUUUCGAUUUUCGCGCAAAACGUGUCACCCCACUGAGAGCGUUUCCAUAGCAACAAGAUCACUGUAUGUGAAGUGAUUUUGAAAACCACUGUCGUGUGAUCAAGUGGGAACACUAGCAAAGCAAUCUUCCAAACUGGUCUCCUGAAUCAGUUUCCAGUAAACUAGUUUUAGAAAACGUAAUGAGAACGGCCUCAUAUACUCUAUUUACGAAAACAGUACUAAGCAUACAGCUCAAUAGUUAGACAUUUCAAAUUCAGUAAUAUUAGCUAAGAUACUUGUGUCUUUGGAAUGUCAGUGAAAAUAUUCUUUAUGAAUGUGGACUGCAUAAUUUGUAUUUAUGAAAUGAAUUAAUCAAAAUUGUGCCCUGCUCGUCACUCUGUAGGGGCUUCAAAUAGUGGAAAAAAUGGAGGGAGCCUUAUAUCUUUAAAGUGAUAAACAACUAGAAAAGACACCAUGUAGAUCGGAGGUAGAAGGGGCAUUCCAGUGAUUACCCCGUUGUAAAAAGGUCCAAGCGGGCAAUGUCUGUGCUUGCCCCAGACACAGUCUUUCCGAGAUAUGUCUCUGUUCAUCUGAAUGAUGAAUGAGGGGGUGUUUCACAAAGAUUUAAGUGUGACUUGAGUCACAAUUAUAAUUCUAGUUGUGUGCAGUAUAAAAGGCCUCAUUGCGUUUGUCAAACCAUGCUAAGAGGAUGCACGCUACUGCGUGAAGAUUGCGUGUUAGAUAUCAUUUACACGUACGCAUUUAAGUUACACUUUAACUCUUUGUGAGAUACUCCCAGGUUGCCAUUUUAAAACAGCUGUUCUUAAGCUAGACAUGAUUUGACACACAAAUGGGGACCUUUCUGUGUGCUAAAUUAGAUUUUCUAUAAUUUUGGUUCUCAUCACCUACACUUGAAAUCCUGUCUUUGUAAAUUAGCAUCCUUUUUUAAGGGAACAUGUGAAUGAAAAGUUUUAUAUUGUUGGAUUAAGUGUUAAAGGAAAUGCACUCCCAUUGUGUUUAAAAUAAAAGGGAAAACAACGGUUUUCAUUUAGUUCAAGGAUGGGUCACCAGUCGUGUAUAAGGUUUAUGUUUCUGUUUAUGGUAACUCCCGUAGGAACUCCGCAGGACAGCGUUUUGCUGGAAAACGCCAAGCUGGUAUAUAACCAAUUACCUAGGAAACAAUUUACGUCUAGGUUAAUCAGUCACAGUGGCUGACCUUAUAGACGACAGAUAUUACUCUCGGGCCUUUUUAUCAAAGUGGAGACAGUGGCAGAGUGGGGAUUCAAACUCACAACCUUGCGAUUAUGAGUCCAUGCUCUAACCACUGGACUACACGACCCAUCAUGCAUGAAGUCGUGCAUAAUAGGCAAAGCCCCCUUUUUUCUAUCCCAUGAUGCUACAUACACUACCUCCAUUUAGUAUGGUGAUGAUAUUCAUGACUGAGUUUCCUUCAUAAUUUUUGCUUUUCAUAAAGAUGAAAAAAAAAAUUUAUGUCCUGUUGCACAAAAUCAUGUUAAAGUGUGUGUUUAAUAUUUUGAAAAAUUUAAAAAAAAUAGCACGAAUAUAUCAAGUUGAUUAUUUUUUCAAUGUAUCAUGUAAGAUAUGAGUUUUUUGUCUCACCUGCAUAGCAGAGUGAGACUAUAGGCGCCGCUUUUCCGACGGCGGCGGCGGCGUCAACACCAAAUCUUAACCUGAGGUUAAGUUUUUGAAAUGACAGCAUAACUUAGAAAGUAUAUGGACCUAGUUCAUGAAACUUGGCCAUAAGGUUAAUCAAGUAUUACUGAACAUCCUGCCUGAUUUUCAUGUCACAUGACCAAGGUCAAAGGUCAUUUAGGGUCAAUGAACUUAGACCAUGUUGGGGGAAUCAACAUCAAAAUCUUAACCUAAGGUUAAGUUUUUGAAAUUUCAUCAUAACUUAGAAAAUAUAUGGACCUAGUUCAUGAAACUUAUACAUAAGGUUAAUCAAGUAUCACUGAACAUCCUGCUUGAGUUUCACAUCACAUGACCAAGGUCAAAGGUCAUUUAGGGUCAAUGAACUUUGGCCGAAUUGGGGGUAUCUGUUGAAUUACCAUCAUAACUUUGAAAGUUUAUGGAUCUGAUUCAUGAAACUUGGACAUAAUAGUAAUCAAGUAUUACUGAACAUCCUGUGCAAGUUUCAGGUCACAUGAUCAAGGUCAAAGGUCAUUUAGGGUCAAUGAACUUUGGCCAAAUUGGGGUAUUUGUUGAAUUACAGCCAUAAAUUUGAAAGUGUGUUGGUCUAGUUCAUAAAACUUGGACAUAAUAGUAAUCAAGUAUUACUGAACAUCCUGUGCGAGUUUCAGGUCACAUGAUCAAGGUCAAAAGUCAUGUAAAGUCAAAGAACUUUGGCCACGUUGGGGGUAUUUGUUGAAUUGCCAUCAUAUCUCUAUAAGUGUAUUGGUCUAUUUCAUAAAACGUGGAAAUAAGAGUAACCAAGUAUCACUGAACAUCUUGUGCGAGUUAUAGUAGUUUUCAAAAUCAGCACUGCUGCUAUAUUGAAUCGCGUGAUGCAGGUGAGACGGCCAGAGGCAUUCCCCUUGUUUAUUUUUUAGAUGAAAUUUAUAAUUCAAACAAUAAAUAUAACCGUAUUCUGGUGAUGAACUUGUGUCUGUAUGACUUAGAGUUUUCAGCAAAAGCGUAUAUCAUAUUUUUUUUGUACUUUGAGGCUGAAAUUGAAAGUAGAAUGGAUGUUGCAUUUUUGUUAUGUUGUAAUAAUGUUCAAAAUAGAAAUGACAUGAACUAUCGAUAUGCAACACUUGUAUAACAUAGGAAUCUUAUGCAAUGACUUGUUCAUCAUGAACACAAAGACCGGUUAGUGAAAUCUGGUUAAAUUCAGACUGUGGUCUAAAAUUGUGGUUUAACUCUGCAAACCUCUAUGAGCAGAUACUCGAAUUAUCAGAAUAUUCAGCGCUCAAACCAUUAAUAACUAUCUGGGAAUAACUAACAAUUGUUUUCUUCACCAUUGAAGCAGUAGGAAUCAUUUCCUACUUCCCAUAAUUUUAGUACAGAAUUAGACCAUGGCCCAGCCCUAUGUCAAACCAGAUUUCAGAGUAUGUGCCUAAAUGAUGAAAAUUGUAAAAAUAUAAAUGUUGAGUUAGGAAGCCUAUAAAAUGACUUGUUAAUCAUGAACAUGGAAUAUUUUAAGAAGUAAAAAUGCAAUUAUGUGAUAAAUUGCUCGAAAUGAUGAUACUUCUAUGAAAUUGAAUAUAGAAAGAUGUGCGUCCGAUCAAUUUGUGUAAGACUGGGUAUGUAUAAUGACAUAACAGGGAAUAAGUGAACGUUAUAUUGUCUGAUAUGUUAAAGAGGAUUGACAUGACAAGUGUUUAACAUUCCAUAUGCAAACAGGUUUUGCCUUUAUGUGAAGUCUUUCAUAUAGGUAUUCUUUAUUUUGUCUGAAUACUUAUCAAUCUAUGUACCUGCAUGUGUUGAAGGCCUUAUUGUUCAUGUCCAUGAUUGUUGGUUGUAACCAUGGCAAGUAAUAAAAGAGUAUCAGAAAUCUUAA